UGGCGGUGGCUAUAGAUAAGGAUAAAGGAAGCCAACACGCUCUUAAAUGGGCUGCUGAUAAUCUUCUUAGCAGAGGUCAAACUGUUCUUCUAAUCCACGUUUUGCAUCGCCAAUCCUCUCCUGUUUCCAGAGGAGGUAGCCAUGCCAUAGUAUGUAACAUCAACAGUUCAGAUGCAUCUCCACAGAGACACCAAAUGGAUAACACUACCAAAGAUCUGUUUCUUACAUUCCAUUGUUAUUGUACACGCAAAGAUAUACAAUGCCUUGAUGUCCUACUUGAAGACUCUGACGUGGUGAAAGCAAUAACAGAAUAUGUCUCUUAUGCUGCAAUUGAGAACUUGGUGGUUGGUGCAACAUCAAGGCAUGGUUUUAUUAGAUUUAAGUCAUCAAGUACACCAAGCAACAUAUCAAAGGGGUCGCCAGAUUUCUGUACCGUGUUUGUCAUUUCUAAGGGGAAAAUCUCCUCAGUUAGGAAUGCUUCUCGUCCAGCCCCACAUACCUCACCACUUCUGAGCCAUAUAUAUAAUCUAAAUAACCAGGAUGGAAAUCAACCUGAGAUGCCCUCUAGACGUAUAAAUUCGAGAGACAGGACAUCAAUCAAACCUCACAGCUGGAUGGAUGAGUCCAUUAAGUCACCAUUUGCAAGAGGAAGAGACUCGAGUGUAAUGUCAUGCAUGGACUUUGCAGAAUCAGAUACGGACAUAUCAUUUGUAAGCUCUGAGAGGCCAAGCAGUGGAUGUUCAUCCUAUGUUUAUGACUGUAUUGACUCGGGCAGAACUUCACGAAUUUCUACCAGUUCAGAUCAUAGAGUUUCUACUAGUUCAGAUCGUAGAGUUUCUACCAGUUCAGAUCGUAGCUUUGGAUCUGUCCGAUUGGGACUCAAGUUCCCUGAGUCCGGUUCACCAGAUACGUCGUUUUCACAUGAAAGCAAUAGAACAUCGUUUUCAUAUUCAUCACAGAACAUGGAUGAAGCAGAAACUGAUAUGAGGAGGCUGAAGCUUGAGUUAAAGCAAACGAUGGAAAUGUACAGUACAGCAUGCAGAGAAGCACUUACAGCACAACAGAAGUUAAUGGAGCUGAACAACUGGAGAAUUGAGGAAGAAAAAAAAAUAGAAGAGACACGAUUGGGCGAGGAAGCAGCUCUGGCAAUUGCGGAGAAAGAGAAAGCAAGAAGUAAGGCAGCCAUGGAAACAGCUGAAGCAGCUAAGAAAAUUGCAGAGGUGGAAUCACAUAGAAGAGCAAGUGUUGAAGUUAAAUCUCUUAAAGAAGUAGAGGAAAUGAAGAAACUAUUGGACAAUCUAGCCCAAACUGAUGAAAGAUAUAGGAAAUACACUAUUGAGGAGAUUGAAGCAGCCACGAACUUCUUCUCUGAAUCUCUGAAAAUCGGGGAAGGAGGUUAUGGCCCUGUUUAUAACUGUUACCUUGAUCACACUCCAGUGGCGGUCAAGGUUCUACGUCCAGAUGCUGCUCAAGGGAAGUCACAGUUUCAGCAAGAGGUUGACAUACUUAGCUGUAUGCGCCACCCUAAUAUGGUGCUUCUUCUAGGAGCGUGUCCAGAGUAUGGCAUAUUGAUAUAUGAAUAUAUGGCUAAUGGAAGCUUAGAAGAUUGUCUCUUUCGAAAAAGGAACAGGAGUGUUCUGUCUUGGCAGCUGAGGUUCCGAAUUGCUGCAGAGAUAGCGACGGGCUUGCUAUUCCUCCAUCAGACAAAGCCUGAGCCUUUGGUGCAUCGUGAUCUGAAACCAGGCAACAUUUUGUUAGACCAGAAUUAUGUAACUAAGAUUAGUGAUGUGGGAUUGGCAAGACUUGUCCCUGCUGUAGCUGAAAAUGUAACACAAUGCUGCAUGACAUCAGCGGCUGGAACUUUCUGUUAUAUUGAUCCUGAGUAUCAGCAAACAGGAAUGCUUGGUGUCAAAUCCGAUGUUUAUUCUCUGGGGAUCAUAUUUCUUCAAUUAUUGACAGGCAAGCCACCAAUGGGAUUGGCUCACCAUGUUGAACAAUCUAUUGAGAAUGACACGUUUGGGGAAAUGCUUGACCCAUCGAUCACUGACUGGCCUCUUGAACAAGCCUUGUGCCUUGCAAAGAUAGCUGUCAACUGUGCACAACUCAGGCGAAAAGAUCGGCCAGACCUUGGCAUAGAGGUGUUGCCAGAGCUCAAUAAAUUGAGAGAGUUUGCCGAAGAAAAUAUGAGUCUCAUCUUUUUAGGAGGCACUAGUUCUAUUGCGCCUUCCCCCAACCACAGUGAAGCUUCCCUGCAACAGGAGGUGAUGAGCGACCCGCGGCUUGUACAUUCAGGAAGCUCAUCAACUCCAUCAACGCCCACAGAAGCGAAGUCUUAAGCAGGUUUAAAUAAAAUAUAUAGAUAUUAAAUAGACGAGACCUCACUCUAUAAUGUAGAGUAAAAGCUGUCUGUUUCGAUGAACAUGCAGGCUCACCUGAACUAAACACUCCGGCAGAAGAGGAAUCAAACCAAAAUUUGUUUCCCUGGCUGAAGCUGAUAAUACAUCCAAGUUAUUCAAGACAAUAUAUACUCACACAAAAAGUAAGGCAUUUGUUCUAGGCUAGUAAAUUAUCCUUCAUUUAACUUAGAUCCCCAUGAGUGAGGUUUCAGAAGACACACAGGGCAAAUGAUAAUCCCAUUUUUUGUAAUAUGUAAAUAUGUUAGAGAAUGUAAA